UUUCUUAUUUUUUAGCCGAAGAAGUUGAAGUCUUUCAUUUGACUGAAUGUGCGCUUUGCUGUCUAUCUCUCCGGUGUCUGUUGAAACCACCUCCUUCCCUCCCCUCGAUCCCUACCCCCAACCCACUCCACUUCUGCCUAGCCCAGUCUGAGUCUGCUUGACUCUGGGACUCCACACAGGAAGAGAGGCUCAAAUUAAAAACUUCUGCCGGAUAAACCGUCUCGUCGGAAAGCUCCGAAGCAAAGUCAAAAAGGAUUCGGGAAUCGGAAGCGCCGCAGGCAUGAGAAGCCGGACCGUCCUGGCGUCCGCGGCUCUGCUGGCCCUCUGCUGCCUGCUGAUCCCCAAACAAGGGGGGAGCGCUGGGGGGGUCGCGUCCCUGUCGCGGCACGAAGGAGAUGAGCCAGAUGGGGUUUUGCUCCGGGGUGAGCCUUUGAGCAAGGCGGGCCGAGAGGAGAGCGACAGCGGUGAGGCCGCAGCGGAACCAGGUCAUUUGGGCCGAGUGAGGAGAGCGCCGCAAGAAGGCAAAAAGAAGAAAAAGGACAAGGACAAGAAAAAGAAAAAAGAGCCAAAAGACCCCAAUGCCACCAAGAAACCCAAAAGUGACAAGAAGGGCAGGAAGAAGGACAGACAGACAACGACGACGACUACAACUCUGCCGCCCACCACCACAACUCUCCCGACGGAACCGCCCACAGAACCCGAGGCUUACACAGACUACGCCUACCCCGAUAUCGACAAUGACUACUGGAAGCCCGACGACGACGACUACUGGGAGGCCGAUCCCACGCCGGCCGGUCCAGCCUCGGAGGUGACGGAUCUGCCGUACGACUACUGGAAGCCGGAGGACGAAGACCCACUCGCUCCGGUGACGGAGGACGACUUUGACUGGGAACCUGUGAAGAAAGACCCGACGCCCCCCGUGACGGAAACAGGCAAUCCAGUGUCAGACACGGACGAGAAGUACCGGAAACCGGAAGAGAAAGACCCAUCACCCCCAGUGACGGACCCUGAAGAAGAAUACUGGGAACCAGAAGAGAAAGACCCGUACACUGGAAUAACGGACGCUGAAGAAGAAUAUGUGAAACCGGAGGAAAAAGACCCAUCGCCCCCAGUGACGGACCCCGAAGAAGAAUACUGGAAACCAAAAGAAAAAGAUCCGUCACCCCCAGUGACGGAGCCUGAAGAAGAAUACUGGGAACCAGACGGGAAAGACCCAUAUGCUCCGGUAACAGACCUAGACGAAGACUACUGGAAACCAGACGAGACGGAUCUGUCUCCGACUGAGACGGACGACUACGAAGUCUACUGGAAAGAGGUGGACCCGACCCCCGCCGGCCCCAAGCUUGACGAGAAAACGAAGACCGAUGACGGCGAUUACUGGGAUUCCACAUUUGCGGUGCCAGAGAAAGUUCCUCCCCCAGAUGGCGAAGAAGUCAGCCCCGAGAUAAAAGUAGAAACUCUCACAGAAGAGACGACGCAUACGCCACCCUAUGAGGAGACUUGGUACGACGAGUACGACGAAUACGGGAUGAAAAAAAAGGAAGACGAAACUGAUGACAAAUGGAUGGAGAAGGAAAGGGAGCGAGCACAAAAAGAAAGGGAGAGGGAGCAGAGAGAGAGAGCACAGAAACUGAAGGAGGCCGAGGAGCGUGCCAGGAACAGACCACGUGUCUAUAAAGAGCCCAAAAAAUGUCCUCCCAUGGGGAUGGAGUCGCACAGGAUCGAGCCCGAUCAGCUGUCCGCCUCUUCGACGUCUCAGUACGAUUUUGCAGCCCAGAGGGCGCGCCUCAACAUGCAGGGCUCCGACGAUGAAGACAACCCCCAAGGCGGCGCGUGGUGCGCAAACUCAGACGACAGAGUCCACUGGUUUGAAAUUGAUGCCCGCAGGGACACCGAGUUCACGGGAGUCAUAACUCAGGGUCGAGACUCGCAGAACGAGAGCGACUUUGUGACGUCAUACUUUGUGGCUUUCAGCAAUGACAGCAGGGAAUGGACAACCAUCCAUGACGGCUACGCCGACUGGCUGUUUUUCGCAAAUAGCGAUAAAGACACUCCGGUGUUGAACCAGUUGGCGGAGCCGGUUGUGGCCCGUUACAUCCGGAUCAUCCCACAAAGCUGGAACGGCACACUGUGCAUGAGACUGGAGAUUCUGGGCUGCCCAUUGCCUGAUCCAGAUGUUGUGCAGUACAGGCAAAAUGAAGUGACUCCGGUAGAUUAUCUGAAAUUCAAGCAUCACAGCUACACAGAAAUGGUGGCACUUAUGAAGUCAGUGCACGAAGAGUGUCCCAACAUCACCAGCGUGUACAGCCUGGGCCGCAGUUCCAAGGGACUGGACAUCAUGGCCAUGGUGAUUUCCGGCAACCCCACGGAGCACGAAAUAGGUGAGCCGGAAUUACGCUACACGGGCGGUCUCCACGGCAACGAGGCGGUGGGCAGGGAAAUGAUCCUGCUUCUCAUGCAGUACCUGUGCAAGGAAUACAGGGACCGAAACCCCCGAGCUCAGCGGCUGGUGGAUGGAAUACGCAUCCACUUGGUGCCAUCGCUCAACCCCGAUGGACAUGAAGAAGCCUUUCAAGUUGGCUCAGAGCUGAGCGGGUGGACCACUGGCCACUUUACCAACGACGGAUUUGACAUUUUCCAGAACUUUCCAGAUCUAGGCAGCAUCCUGUGGGAUGCAGAAGAACGGGGCAUGGUGCCCAAAUUAUUCCCCAACCACCACGUUGCAAUACCCGACCACUUUUUGCAAAACAGCUCGAUUGCAGUAGAAACCAGGGCCAUCAUCUCUUGGAUGCAAAGCCACCCGUUUGUGUUGGGGGCAAACUUUCAGGGUGGGGAGUCAUUUGUGGCCUACCCAUACGACAACGUACGCGCCAAACAGCCUCCUGAGGACAAGCCCCACAGCCGCAAGAAGAGACAGUAUGAAGACGAGGGCUACGAAGGGACCGAGUGGGGACAGGGAUACCGGGUUGAGCCAGAUCACGAGUGGCGGGACAGAGGCUAUCUAGAGCGUGAGGGGUGGAGGGGGCAUGGCUAUGAACAUGGUCAUGGAUACGACCAGGGACACAGCUACGACCACGGCCAGGGCUACGACCACGGCCAGGGCUACGACCACGGCCAGGGCUACGACCACGGCCAAGGCUACGACCACGGCCAAGGCUACGACCACGGCUACGAUCCCAGCUACCACCAGGCUUACGACCACAGAGAGGAGGAGGACGACAGGGAGAGAAGCGCCGGCUACCAUUACGGUGAGCCCGAGGACGAGUUCCGAGAGAUCGCGGACGAGUCGCUCUUCAGGUGGUUAGCUGUGUCCUACGCGUCCACACACCUGACCAUGACGCACAACUACCACGGGUCCUGCCACGGGGACAUCACUGCAGGAGCCCACGGCAUCAUCAACCGAGCCAAGUGGAAGCCAAUCACCGGAAGCAUGAAUGACUUUAGCUACCUGCAUACCAACUGCUUAGAACUGUCGAUUUUCCUGGGCUGUGACAAGUUCCCUCAUGAGAGUGAGCUGCAGCGAGAGUGGCAGAAGAACCGAGAGGCCAUGCUCAUCUUCAUGGAGCAGGUUCAUCGUGGCAUUCGCGGUAUCGUGAAGGACGAGCAGGGUAACCCGCUGGCAAAUGCCACCGUGUCCGUGGAAGGGAUAAACCACGACGUCACCACAACUUCAACCGGAGACUACUGGCGGCUGCUAAACCCUGGCGAGUACCGCGUGACUGCCAAAGCCGAGGGCUUCGCCUCCUUGACCAAGCUUUGUGUGGUGGGUUACCAGGCGGGAGCGACCACCUGCAGCUUCAACUUGGCCAAAUCCAACUGGGAUCGGAUUAAACAGAUUUUGGCUCUUCAUGGCAACAAACCAAUCCGCCUGGUCAGCCACGGCAACGCCAUCGUCCAGCCCCCAAUUGUCACCAGCGAUGGCCGUGUGCUUAACGGCAACGGUGGCAUCUCGCAAAAUGCCCAACUGAGCAAGGAACGGCUGAGGAGACUCAAAAUAGCCCGCAUCCGCCGUCUCCGGCAGCAAAAAUUAACGCGCUUACAAUCAACGACGACAACCACCACGCUACCACCAACAACCACCACCACCACCACCACAACAAUUCCCACAACGCCGGAGACCACCACAUCCUGGUACGACUCUUGGCUAAUAGAAGAGGGACAAUCAUCCACUCCCGGUGGCUUCACAGACUCCAUCUUGGACUACAAUUACGAGUACAAGAUUGAUGACUAUUGAAGAAAACUGAUCGCAUUCAUACCCGUGACGUUUUCUGAGCUACAACAAGAAAUCAGUUCAGUCUGCCGUACUUGACUGUGGGUAAAUACCGCCGAAAGGAAAUACUGUCAGUUAUGUGAACAGUGCGACGUCACAGCAACACAGUGCAGUCGUCAGUCGGUUCAGUCGUGUCGAAUGCGCCUUGAACCACAGGCUAGGAAAAACAACGGUGUGUCUGAAAUUGGACUGCAACUGAACAGAACUGACAAAAACGGUAC